AUGUUUCCCUUUACCCAAAUCCACACCUUAGACUGUCACUGCAUUAAAUGUCACAACAGUCAUCAGAAAUCUUCUUAUGCUGCAAAGUGUACUGAGACUCGUCGUAAUAAGAGAGCUAGAGUUGAAGCUGCAAUGAGAAACAUGAAUGUAGAUACUGAGGUAAUCCUGACCUCUUGUUCCGAUUCUGUGGAAGCAAUGGACGGUCAGGCCAACUCACCUUUUUUGGAUGCCGCCUCAAUGUUUGAUAAUGACAGAGACGACAAUGAUUUUGAUGACAAUGUUGAAGAUGAAGUCAAUGAGAUCAAGAUUGAGGACUUCAACAGUGAAGACCCUUUUACUGCUUCUGAUAUGCUCGAAAAUGAAGUCCAUCAAUUCAUAGCCAUCUUUAUGGUACUGUUUGCUUCACGUCAUGUUGUUGAUAAGGGUGCUGCUGUCUUGAUUGAGUUUAUCAACAACCUGCUGAGAAUCUACAACCAAGAUUUUCAAUUACCAACCAGUCUUGCCGGUUUACAAAAAAUGACAGGAUUUUCUGCUAUUACAAAAGGCAUCAAGAAAUUUGUGGUGUGCCAAGACUGUCAUACAGUAUAUCAGGAUAUUGUAUCUGCUCCUCCUCGAUGUGUUUCCUCAAAACUUGGUGCCAGGUCUGCAUGCAACUUACAUGGAACGAUCAUUGAUCCCAUGCAUAAUCUUUUCUUGGGGACGUCUAAGAGAUUAAUGGAUUGGUGGAUUGAUGAGAAGACAAUUGGACCUGAAGAGUUUGCUUCGAUGGAGAAAAUUGCAGAGACAAUGGUACUGCCCAGAGAUUACACCACACUGACAACCAAAAUUGGAAAGGGCUUCAGCUACAUGAAAGCGGACAAGUGGAAAUCAUGGGUUCUGGUUUAUUCUCCUGUCUUGUUGCAUGGUAUUCUCCCCCCAUUACAAUUCAAGAACUGGAUGUAUUUCGUUGAUGCAUGCCAAUACUACGUAAAGCCCAGCAUUACUUUUGAUGAGAUCACCACUGCCCACAGCCUGUUAGAAAAGUUUUGCAAUGCAUGUAAUGUAGACUAUACCGCCACUAUUCUCACCUGCAAUAUGCACCUACACCUCCAUCUUCACGAAUGCAUUCGUGAUUUUGGACCAGUGUAUGGUUAUUGGCUCUUUGGGUUUGAGCAAUACAAUAGUAUUUUAAAGAAUUUCAAGACAAAUGGCAAAGACGGUUUUGAGGCAACCUACAUGAAAAAUUUUGUUCAGAAUACGUAUAAGGGUGAUUAUGUCAAUGCUGUUCUUAAAAGUUCUAGCCAGAUCCCCUUCAUUCACACUCUGUCUAAACUUGUUACAACCUCCAUACCUGCCGCCACAGUCACCACUCUCUCCAGUCGCCCAUUCAGAUUGCAAGCAUUCGUUCAAGGCUACACUGAUCCUUAUAAUCCACCCAAGGGUAACGAGCCUCUUCCUCCUUCUACAUUUCCUCUAAAAUACAAAAAGCCAUCAUCAAUUGACAUUCUUGGUCAACACUAUCGAGGAACAAACAACAGCACAAUCAGUCGCAGAUCACUUAUUCAGGCAAAGUUUGUUGGUAGCAAUGGAAACAUUAUACUUGGAUUUGCUGGACAAAUUCAGUAUCUUUUUACACACUCCUUCCAACUUCCACCCACGCACAAUCUCCAUCUGACUCGCAUGGUUCAUGAUCAUCAACAUGUAUUUGCAUUUAUCAAGUGGUUUCGUACUUCCUCUGAUAGGUCGCGUGAGGAUGACAGUGUUGAAUUUUGUUUGCCCACGUUCUCUCCUGAUAGCUACCAUAGCAUUAUACCUGUACAUCGCAUCUUAUUAGAGGUUGCUACAGCUACUAUUGUGACAAGUAGAAAUGUUAGCAAAAUGCUGGUAAUUCCAUUGCCAAAGAAGCUAUAUGCUUAA